GUGGCCGCGGCCGCCUCCGCCGCCUGCAGGUGCUCCCGCGCUGCGGCCUCCCCGCGAUCCCCGACGCGCGCGCGCGCCCGAAGCAGGCGGAGGCUGACGCCGGCGGAGGGGCGCCCCGUCCCCGCCCAGCCGCGGUUGCGCCCCAGCCGGAUUGCGCCGCCACUCCCUGCGCCCUCCCGCCGGAGAUGCGCAGCUGAGCGCCGCGUCCCUCGGCCAGGCAGCAGCGGCAGCAGCGCUCGUCCUCGCCUCGCCGCCGCCGCCGCCGCAGCAUCCCCAGGCCCGGCCCAGGCUCCCCACCGCCUUCCUGCGACGCCGCAGCCGCAGCCGCCGCCACCGGGCGCGGCGAUCAUGGCCAAGCACCGCAAGGAGAGGACCAGCUGGGGUAGGUCUGGCCCGGCCGCGCUUCCUGCGUCCUUCCCCGGCUCUCUCCGGCGAUCCUGGAGCGGGGCGCGCGGCAGGAAGGCCAGGAGGAGCCACCCGUCCCUGCGCCCAAUGUUGCUCCCCCAGGCGGCCCCGGCUGUGGCCCCACCCCGGGGGCGCAUCUCGCAGGGCGCAGGGAGGAUGGAUGGAUGCAGCCCCGCCGGCUGGCAGAUUGUGGGGCUGGGGGGGGGGAGGAAGAGGGAGAGGGAGAGGAUGAACAAUGGGGCCAAAGAGAUGCAAGGGGUGGGGAGCGGGGAGCCAUUGUUUCUCCUCCUCCCCCUGGUCAGAAGUAAACAAACCCUGAAUUGGAAGACGGUGGUCGAGACAGGGUUGCCUUGCAAAAAAAAAAAAAAAAAAAGGGGGUGUCUGGCUGUUAGAUGCAUUUUAGUAGCCCGUUAGCACUCCUUGGUGGCCAAAGGUAGUGUUUCUCUCCCCCACCCCCCACCUGUUUAGAAUAAUGUGUGAUGGUUGCUUUUGCAGGAGUGGGGGCAUCCCGAUGCUUAUUAAAUCGCGAAUUUUAGGCGUGAUCUUCCUGCACAAGGAGGCACCGGAUUCUAAGCCCCCUUCCCCAGGCUUGGGAGUUUUGUGCAGGGUGUCUGCGUGUUGUGAUAAUGUGUGAACUGAUGGACCUCUCCGAAGCCAAAAAGGUGUGGUGCCGAGUGUGUUUGCUAGGAGGUUGAAUCAGCAGGAAAGGGGGUGAAUUUUAAUGCACGUGUAUAUUUACUGCAUUUUGUGGGCUGCCUUCCCAUCCAGAGUUGCUGCAGGCAGCUAACGGAAUAAGGUAGCGUUGUGUAGAAAUUCUGGGCAUCGCGUAAUCCUUGUGAAACUACCAGAUGACACAGAACUGGGAGGAGCACCUGACACCACAGGAGUCUGGGAUAAAGCUCAAAACAGACCUUGAUAGAAAGGAGUAGAAAACAGAGGCCCAACAGAGACCAAUGCAAAGUUUGGGGAGGAAGCAACAAACAUGACGAGGGAUCCCUGAUGUGUUCAUGUGAAGGGUGUAUUGGAGGUUGCACUUGAUCACAAGUCAAACAUGAGUCAGCUAACACAGUUUUAAUUCUGCUUUAAGGGAAGCUUUGUUUCUGAGUCACGAGGAACAAGAGUUUGACUUAAUUCUGCACUAGUCGGACCUUGUCUGGAGUGCUGUUUCCUGUUCUGGGUGCUGUAAGGAGGAUAUUGAUCGGUGUGGGGAACCUGUGGCCCACCUGAUGUUCUUGGACUCCAACUCCCAGCAGCCCCACCUGGCAUGGCCAGUGGUCAGGGAUGAUGGAAGUGGGAGUCCAGCUGCUUCUACAGGGUACCACUUUCCCCAACCGUGAUUCAGAGCUUUAAAUGUAAAGUCCAGGACUGAGACAACUGAGCCCAGGGAUGAAUUGGUAGUCAGUGCAGCUGGAAAAAAGGGGUUUCUUGAUCUAGGGAACUCAGUGCCAUCUUCUAGCCCUCAGCCACCCAGUCAUUUAAAACAACAACAACACAACACCCUUAUCCCAUGCACACUUAUGACGCAUACCCGUUGUAGGUAAGAUUCCAAACCAUAUCAAUAGUGGUGACCACUGAACUUGUUGUAAAUGCCCCAUUAAUUAAUCCUGAUUAAAAUGGUGAUGGUGGGCUGUGCACAAAGGGGGUGGUUUACGUGGAAUAGAUCCGGUGUGUGGGAUUGUGGGUUUGGAACUGGGAGUGUAGUGGGGGUUUGCCUUAAAAGGGGGGCACACACCCAGUUAUUGGAACGCUUUAUUGGGGAUUCCCCUCCCUUUUCACCCAGUAGCUUUCCAGAUAUGUUAUCUGGUUGUGCUUGCAGAACAAAGUAGGAAGCGGGGAAGGUGAGUUGAGUUUAAGCGACUCAUCGUGACUGUGCAGUGUUGCAUUCAAAGGAGGAGGAGGAGCUGUCCAGGUGAGAGGAGGGGAAGCAGAAUGAAGAAGGGGAAAGGCCACUGUGGUGUUUUCCAGUUGGAACAGUCUCUCUCUCUCUUCCGCCCCUCACCAGGAUUUACCAGCUAGGGAACAAUAUCAGACAGCAAAUCCCCAGGGCUAGUGGGAUGGGGUGGGUUGCUGAAGAAAAUUCUAAAGUGUUGCAUAUGGUUCAUCUGUCUAGUUCACUCUAUCCAGAAUUGGCAAACACCCUUAUUACCGUAUUUUUCGCUCUAUAAGACGCACCAGACCAUAAGACGCACCUAGUUUUUGGAGGAGGAAAACAAGAAAAAAAAUAUUCUGAAUCUCAGAAGCCAGAACAGCAAGAGGGAUCGCUGCGCAGUGAAAGCAGUGAUCCCUCUUGCUGUUCUGGCUUCUGGGAUAGCUGUGCAGCCUGCAUUCGCUCCAUAAGACGCACACACAUUUCCCCUUACUUUUUAGGAGGGAAAAAGUGAGUCUUAUAGAGCAAAAAAUACGGUAAUUUAAAAAGACAUAUAUAUAUUUUUUAAAAAUCUAUUUGCAAUUUUAAAAAAUGCAUAUGAAACCAUUACUCAUUUCUGUACAUUUCCAUGAACAGGCACUGGGAAAAUAGCUAUGGUAUUAUAUUUUUUAAAAUGCAGCUGCUGUCGUAGACCAGGGUGGUUCACAUUAACUGUGUCAAAAGCAGCCAAAUGAACUUUUCUUUUUUAAAAAAAAUGGUACAUACAGCCUAGGGUUAGGUCAAAUGGGGCACUGCCCCAUCAAUCUCAGUCUGGCUUGCCUGCCUUCCUUUUCAUGGGGUAGUUCUGGCGGUCACUGCCUGCCUAUUGUGGGUCUCCCUGCCCUUGUCCCACCAGCUCCAACAACCACCAGCCACCACUGGCUACGACCUUAUGGCCUGGAUCAUGUGAAAGGCUGACCAGAUCAGUUAGUCUUCCCUGUUCCAGCCUCCUCCAAAGUGAAAAUGGACCCUGGAGCACCCUCAGUAUGUACCACAAAGGCUGCAUGUGGCUGGAGACCCAGCUGCUUUCAAAGGCAACAGAUCAGCCUUCCCCCAAGAGAGGUCCUGGAGCACAGUUUGUAGACUCUUGACCCGACUCAUCACUAUGAGGAACAGCUGAAGGAGUUGGGUAUGUUCAUCCUGAAGAAGAGUGGACUGAGAGGUGACAGGAUAGCCACCUGCAAACAUCUGAAGGGCUGUCACAAUAGAAGAUGGAGUAAGCUUGUUUUCUGCUGCUCCAGAGGGUAGGACCCCAACCAAUGGAUUGAAAUUACAAGAACGAUCUCGACUAAACAUUAAGAAGAACUUUCUAACAGCAAGAGUUAUUUAACUGUGGAAAGGACACCCUCGGAAGUGGGUGGAUGUUUUUCAAUAGAGGUUGGCUUGUCAGGGAUGCUUUAGCUGUGAUUCCAGCAUUGCAGAGGGUUGAACUAGAUGCCCUUUGGGGAUCCCUUCCAACUCUACAGCACAAUUCAGAGUGUUGGUGUUGACCUUGAAAGCCCUAAACGGCCUCAGUCCAGUAUACCUGAAGGAGCGUCUCCACCCCCAUCGUUCUGCCCGGACGCUGAGGUCCAGCGCAGAGGCCCUUCUGGCGGUUCCCUCACUGCGAGAAGCCAAGUUACAGGGAACCAGGCAGAGGGCCUUCUCGGUGGUGGUGCCCUCCCUGUGGAACGCCCUCCCACCAGAUGUCAAAGAGAACAACAACGACCAGACUUUUAGAAGACAUCUGAAGGCAGCCCUGUUUAGGGAAGCUUUUGAUGUUUAACAGACCACUGUAUUUUAAUACUUUGUUGGAAGCUGCCCAGAGGGGCUGGGGAAACCCAGCCAGAUGGGCAGGGUAUAAAUAAAUUAUUAUUAUUAUUAUUAUUUAUUUUCUAUGAUCUGCAACCUGCAAAUAGUAAUGUCGGCCUGUUGUUUUUGUAGAGAGUGCUGAGAUCAAGUAUGUGAAGUGCCUUCAAAGACUGAAAAAAUGUGUUGUGUAAGGGGUUAUGAUUUAUUUGUAACCAACCGUGUUUCUUAAUAUGGCUGCCGAGUGCCAUGUGCAUCUUUUUUUAAUGUUAGAAAAUGAUUUCCUCCUAAAAAAACAAAAUGGCCUUUAUGCUAGCUAGAGUGACUCCUCCAUCGCCCAUUCUCCCAGCCCUGCCUCACUCAUGUUCUUCUACUUUGCAAGCAACUGCAAACCCCAAGUAGCAAAUUUUGUCUUUGCAGCAAGUCCUCCGAUGCUAAUUCCUCCGGAGCAGCUGUGAAGAGUGACAGAGCUCUUCCCAUACUGCUCUCCCUCCCUCCCUGCCUUAGCCACGCAGCUGCGAUGGAGAGAAGGGUCUGGCUGAGUUGCAGGCUUUUCCUUUAAAUACUGCAGGGAUGUAGAACAAACUCUGCUGGAACUCAAAAUAGUUCAAGGUGGUUUGUAGGUAUCUUGUUGUUGUUGUUUAGUCAUUUAGUGGUGUCCGACUCUUCGUGACCCCCUGGACCAGAGCACGCCAGGCGCUCCUGACUUCCACUGCCUCCCGCAGUUUGGUCAAACAUGCUGGUAGCUUCGAGAACACUGUCCCGCCAUCUUGUCCUCUGUCGUCCCCUUCUCCUUGUGCCCUCCAUCUUCCCCAACAUCAGGGUCUUUUCCAGGGAGUCUUCUCUUCUCAUGAGGUGGCCAAAGUCUUGGAGCCUCAGCUUCAGGAUCUGUCCUUCCAGUGAGCACUCAGGGCUGAUUUCCUUAAGAAUGGAGAGGUUGGAUCUUCUUGCAGUCCAUGGGACUCUCCAGAGUCUCCUCCAGCACCAUAAUUCAAAAGCAUCCAUUCUUCGGCGAUCAGCCUUCUUUAUGGUCCAGCUCUCACUUCCAUACAUCACUACUGGGAAAACCAGAGCUUGAACUAUACGGACCAUUGUUGGCAAGGUGAUGUCUCUACUUUUUAAGAUGCUGUCUAGGUUUGUCAUUAGUAGGUAUCUUAAUGUAUAAUUAAAAAAAGAGGUAAGGCUCGGAUGGCCUUAAAAGAGGAUUAGACAGAUUCGUGGAGCAUAAGACUACCCAUGGCUACUAGUCCCAGUAGCUGUGGUCUGCUUCCACAGUUAAAGGCAGCAUUGAUUCUGAAUACCAGUUGCCAAAAACCAUGGGAGGGGAAAGUCCUGCUUGCCUGCUUCCCAGAGGCACCCGGUUGGCCACUGUGAGAAGAGAAUGCUGGACUAGAUUUGCCAUUGGCCUGAUCCGGCAAACACUUCUUAAACUCUUCUUGGGCAUAAACACCAGGAAGAAUGUCAGUGAGAGCUGUUCAGCGGUGGAACAGUCUCACUUGGAAAGUGGUGAGCUUUUCUUCCUUGGAGAAGAAGAGUUUUGGAUUUGAUAUCCCGCUUUAUUUUAAUUUUUUAAUAAAUUUUUAUUAGCUCUUUCACAUAUCAUUUUCAGCAGUAAUUAAACAUACUUUUAUAUCUUAUACAAUUUUUUUUACUUCCGUCAAUCUCAUCUGAAAUCCAAUCUAAUCUCUUAGUAUACAUUUAUUACUCUCCCUAUUACAUUUAAAUCUGAUAACUAAUAUCUCUAUUCUUUUUCUACUUUGUAAUGUUUCAUAUAUUUCUCCUUACAAAACUUCUUGUAGUCCUACUAAGCGUAAUUUGUUGAUUACAAUUGCUCUUCAGAUAGUUCAUAUACAUCUUCCAAUCCUCUGUAAAUCUCUGGUCCCACAGGUUUUGAAUCCUUCCUUUCAUUUUAUCCAGUUCUGCAUAGUCCAUUAACUUUGUCUAGCUGUGAUUCCUGCAUUUAAGGGGGUUGGAUUAGAUGACCCUCGAUGUCCCUUCCAACUCUACAACUGUAUGAUGACAUGACUUAAUGAUGGAAUUCACUGUCACUGACCACGGACGCUAGCUAAGAUCUCACCAAAGCUAAUUUCCUUUUGGCAGCAGCUGCAACUAAAAUGGAAUGUCAAUAUUCCCGGAAGACAGCUUAGAUUAAACAGUAUUUCCUUCCUGCCCGGAAGCUGGCAUCAACUGGAAAUGUUUUGCCAGCUCCAUUGCCUCUUGGCCUAACCUACUUCGCAGGGUUGUUGUCCCUUCCAACUCUGUGAUUCUUUGUGUGCCACAAAAUGGUGGGAUAUAAAUGGAAUAAAUCAAAGAUGCCCAACUAUUAUGGUUGAAGUUUCUGUUCAGCUUUGUGGUGAAUUCCACAUGUGAUAAAUACAGGUUUGGUGUGUUGUUGUUGUUUAAAUUAUUUAAGGAAAACUUCCCCGAUGACUUUUUAAACCAAACAGCUUAAUGGGCGAUAUAAUUGCAGAGGUGACAUUCCCUAAGAUGUUGCCAAAGCAAAGGAAGACCAGGUUGGCUUGAAAGCACAUCUUGGGUUGUGUGAUGGACCAAGUCCCUUUAUUUCCAGGCAAAUAAGAAUCAGUUGGGGCCAGAAAUAGCUUUCUUGGAAGUCAGUUUCUGUGCUGGCUCAUGCUAGGGCGGGGGCUGGUUUCUCGCAGUGCAAAAGCAGCCUUAAAAUGCUGCCAAAUUCACCGAUAAUUGACAGUGAGUUUGCAACCAGAUUGAAUGGCAAGGAUGGAGGGGCCCAUAGCUCAGUAAACGAGUGUCUAUGUACUUUGCAUACAGAAUAGCCAGGGCUCAGUCUUUCGUCUCUCCUUAAAAGAAGGUUCAGGUAGCAGCUGGUGCAAAAGACCUUCUUUGUCUGAGAUCCCAGAGAGCCACUUCUGGUCCAGGAAGGCUACCUGGGCUAGGUGGUUUCUAAAGGUAAAGGUAAAGGACCCCUGGACGGUUAAGUCCAGUCAAAGGCGACUAUGGGGUGCGGCGCUCAUCUUGCUUUCAGGCCAAGGGAGCCAGUGUUUGUCCGCAGACAUCUUUCCGGGUCAUGUGGCCAGCAGGACUAAACUGCUUCGGGUGUAACGGGACACCGUGAUGGAAACCAGAGCGCACAGAAAUGCCAUUUACCUUCCCGCCACAGUGGUACCUAUUUAUCUACUCGCACUGGUGUGCUUUCAAACUGCUAGGUUGGCAGGAGCAGGGACCGAGCAAUGGGAGCUCACCCUGUCACGGGGAUUCGAACCACUGACCUUCUGAUCAGCAAGCCCAAGAGGCUCAGUGGUUUAGACCACAGUAUCACCCGCGUCCCUAGGUGGUUUCUAUAAGGCAAACUUAGUUGGUAUCUAAGGUGCUACUGGAAUUUUUUUUUAAUUUUUUAAAAUAUUUUGACUGUGUCAGACCAACACAGCUACCUACCUGAAUCUAGAACCUUCCCCCAGGUGUUCUGGGCUACAAAUCCCAACAAAGGAGAGUCAAGCUAAACAUCAGGAAUAACUUUCUGACAGUAAGAGUUGUUAGACAGUGGAACAGACUCCCAUGAGAGGUGGUGAACGCUCUUUCCUUGCAGGUUUUUAAGUAGAGGCUGGAUGGCCAUGUGUCAAGGAUGUUCUGGUUGAGAUUCCUGCAUUGUGUCAAUAAUAAUAAUAAUAAUAAUAAUAAUAAUAAUAAUUUAUACCCCGCCCAUCUGGCUGGGUUUCUGGGCGGCUUCUAACCGAAUAUUAAAAACAAUACAGCAUUAGACAUUAAAAACUUCCCUAAACAGGGCCGCCUUCAGUUGUCUUUUAAAAGUAAAAUAGUUGUUUAUCGCCUUGACAUCUGAUGGGAGGGCGUUCCAUAGGGCAGGUGCCACUACUGAGACAGCCCUCUGCCUGGUUCCCUGUAACCUCACUUCACACAGGGAGGGAACCGCCAGAAGGCCCUCGGCACUGGACCUCAGUGUCCGGGCAGAACGAUGAGGAUGGAGACGCUUCUUCAGAUAUACCAGACCCAGGCCGUUUAGGGCUUUCAAGGUCAGCACCAACACUUUGAAUUGUGCUUGGAAAUGUACUGGGAGCCACUGUAGGUCUUUCAAGACCGGUGUUAUGUGGUCUCGGCGGCCGCUCCCAGUCACCAGUCUAGCUGCCGCAUUCUGGAUUAAUUGCAGUUUCCGAGUCACCUUCAAAGGUAGCCCCACGUAGAGCGCAUUGCAGUAAUCCAAGCGGGAGAUAACCAGAGCAUGCACCACUCUGGCGAGACAGUCUGCGGGCAGGUAGGGUCUUAGCCUGCGUACCAGAUGGAGCUGGUAAACAGCCACCCUGGACACAGAAUUAACCUGAGCCUCCAUGGACAGCUGUGAGUCCAAAAUGACUCCCAGGCUGCGCACCUGGUCCUUCAGGGGCACAGUUACCCCAUUCAGGACCAGAGAGUCCUCCUCACCUGCCCGCCCCCCUGUCCCCCAAGAACAGUACUUCUGUCUUGUCAGGAUUCAACCUCAAUCUGUUAGCUGCCAUCCAUCCUUCAACCAUCCUCCAUCCUCCGCCAUCCAUCCUCCAGUGUAUGACAAUUGCAGAGGGUUGGACUAGAUGAUUCUUGAGGGUUCCUCGCAACUGUACGAUUCUAUGAUUCCUGGCCGUUGGGCAUGAUGGCUGGGGCUGAUGGGAGCUGGAGGGCGGUGGUUGAAGGGGCCUGAUUCAGCUCUACCCUCUGCUGCUGGGACCUGACCCUGGGGGCUGCUCUCUUCCGACACAGGCGGGUUCUCUGAAAAGAAUUACGAGUGGAGCUCGGAGGAGGAGGAGUCCGACGGGAAGGCCCGCCCGGUGCAGGUGCUCAUCGUGAAGGAUGACCACUCCUUUGAGCUGGACGAAGAGGCCCUCAACCGCAUCUUGCUUUCGGAAGCCGUCCGAGACCGUGAGGUGGUGGCCGUCUCUGUGGCCGGGGCUUUCCGGAAGGGCAAGUCGUUCCUGAUGGACUUCAUGCUGAGAUACAUGUACAACAUGGUAGGUGGGCCUCACAUGGUCACGUUCCGCAUCUUCAGGGCCUCCCCACAAGGGCAGGAGCAAAUCAGCUUUUGGGAUCUGUCCACUUCCCUCGCAAUAUUAUAUUAUGGGCUGUCCCGUGAAUCCGCUGGGUGAAAUAGCGGAAGAACGUUGCCUCAGGAGUGUGAGGAAAAUUCUCAGGAAUGAUUCACACCCUGGCCAGCACUUUCUUGAUCUCCUGCCCUCGGGCAGAAGAUAUAGAAGCAGGAUUAGUUGCACCAACAGGGCAAAGAACAGCUUCUAUCCGUGGGCUGUUAGGCUGCUGAAUGAAAAGAUAACAACAGGGCAACUGGCUUUUGGGUUUGGUGGGUGUGCGUCAGUAAACGAGGGGAAUUAAGACUAAGAGAGCUGAGUGAGGGGUGCUCACAUAGCUGUCAACUUUCAGAUUUGAAAAUAAGGGAUCAGCAGCCUCACCUGUCCUGGGGACAGUCUAUGGGAUAUCUAAAAAUGUGGGAAGCAGCAGGAAACGGCGCUGGAAUAAGGGAAUUUCCUGCAAAAAAAGGGAAGGUUGACAGCUAUGGGUGCUCGUGUAAUCUCACUGUAUACAAGUUGUACAAAUGACAAUAAAGAAUUUCAAUUUCAAUAGGCGAGGUUGGGCAGAUGUUCUGUUCUUAUUUAUUCAUACGCCUCCUUUCGGCAGAAAAAAAAGCACCCCAAGGCGGCUGACAAACAGUGCAAAUGCAAAUUUGUGUCAGCUUGGAGGGCCUUUUCUGUGGUGGCUCCCUGCUUGGGGAACGCUCUCCCCAGGGAGGUUUGCCUGGCACCUUCACUCACUACACACCUUUAGGCACCAAGCGAAAACAUUCCUCUUUCACCGGACCGUUGGCCUUUAUCUUUAAUGUGUUACAAUGAAUUCUUGAUUUUAUUUAUGAACGUAUGUGGGCUUUUGUUUGUUAGGGUGUGGUAUGUGUUUGUGUACGUGUGUAAGCCACUUUGAGUCAGGCUGGCAAGGAAGAGCGACUAAUAAAUGAAAUGAAAUGAAAAAUGCAAAUAGAAAUAAACCAAUGCAAAGGUUUGAUGGAUGCCAUGGAUGCCUUAGUUGACAUUCCUACAUUGCAGGAGGUCAGACUAGAUGAUCCUUGGGAUUCCUUAUAACGCUACAAUUCCGUGUUGCUAUGAAAUAAAUGUAAUAAGUAAUAAUAUUUUGGUGGGGGGUUGGUUUGUUUUCUUAGGCUUUGAAUUUUGAAUUUCUUUUAUACUGUAAACCACCCCUGCGAUCUUUGGAUGAAGGGUGGCAUAUACAUUUAAUAAAUACUAAAGUAAUAAUAAUAACAACAAUAAAAAUAAUGCUAAAUCUGAACAUUUCAGAAGCAAUAAAAUGCAUUUUGUUUUCCUGCCAAAAAGACAGCAGGAUUACUAUUCCACAUUAAAACAUUUAAGAGAGAGCAAGAGUAAGUACCGAAACAACAACUCUUCCUUUUAAGGGUUCCAGGCAAUGGAGGGUGGGGAUGGGGAGGCCAGUGAACUGGCUUUCUCCUGCUGGGGUGGUGGCGAAGUGUGAGCUGUGUGUCAGGAGUUCAGCCUACACUCGAGUAGGAUCCUGGUAGAGACACAUGCCUGACUAGCAUGUUCCCUCCCUCCUGGUCUUCCGUUCAGGAGCUUCAGAAGCUUUCUUCAGCCCGAACAUCACAGCGACCGAUGCCAACAGACCGGCACACUUAGGGAUCAUAGCUGCCAACUUUCCCCUUUUUAAAAGGGAAAUUCCCUUAUUCCGAAUAGGAUUCCUCGCAAGAAAAGGGAAAAGUUGACAGCUAUGUUAGGGAUCUGCAGAGUUUGCGCAGUUGCAUAACAGACCUCAGCAACUCAGCAUUUUGGCUAAUCUACUUUAUUUACAUAUCAACACACACGGAGCACUGCAACAUGGCUCCCUCUCUCUCUAGCAUCAGACAGCAAAGAGAGAAAGAACAAAGGACAAUAGUCCCACUUCACGGAACACAGUAACACAAACAUCCUGUCUCCGUCACUUCCCACUCUGUGGAGUCAAAACAUACACCGUCAUGUGAAAGACAACAAUCCCAUGACUGCAAUCACGGAGCAGGAAUUCUAACACCGUGCCCUUGCCACUUGGGUGUUAAGCAGGGAAGGUGCUGUAAGGAACAAUUCCUGACUCUCUCCUUUGGGUUAGGGGGCGUGGGCUAGGGGCCAGCUCCUUGUCCCAGAACUCACAUAAAUGUCUGGCCAGUCCUAAUGUUGAGGGGAUCCGUCCAGCGUCCAAAAUGCAACACAGCGCGCUGUUCUGACAGCUCCGGGGACGCCCCAGACAUUUGGCACCCCAAGCAGACACGUUGCCAAGAUCCUGAGAGCUAUUGAUCUGCGUGUAGCCCCAGCUUCCCAGCCAUAAUAGCAGUGUGUGUUUUCAUUGUCAUUGAUUUAUUUCCUUUACCCAUCAAUAUCCACAUGGCAUCCCGGAACAAUUUACGGUGCAAUAAAAGCAUGCUCAGAACAAUUGUGCGCUUGAAGCGAGGCUGCUGGAACAUUUGCAUCUAUUUAAGCCAUUAUAGGUAUCUAUAAAAACAAUUUAAAGCAAAAAGAACAGGAACACACGUCUAAAAGCCAUUCAAAUGCAACAGAGAUGCCUACCAGGAUCUUUUCACCGUAAGGUCCCAGGACACGUUACAGCACUGUAAAGAUGCAAUAUUAAAUCCAGUUAAAAGAAUAUGGUGGAUCUGGUAUGCUUCCUGCUUUUCCCAACUUUUCCACUGAAAAAGCCUCCAAAGUAAGCCCUAUGGAUUGUACUUGGGACAGCACUAACGAGGGGGGAACCGGGUGGCGCUGUGGGUUAAACCACAGAGCCUAGGACUUGCCGAUCAGAAGGUCAGUGGUUCGAAUCCCCGCGAUGGGGUGAGCUCCCGUUGCUCGGUCCCUGCUCCUGCCAACCUAGCAGUUCGAAAGCACGUCAAAGUGCAAGUAGAUAAAUAGGUACCACUCCAGCGGGAAGGUAAACGGCGUUUCCGUGCGCUGCUCUGGUUCGCCAGAAGCGACUUAGUCAUGCUGGCCACAUGACCCGGAAGCUGUACACCGGCUCCCUCGGCCAAUAACGCGAGAUGAGUGCCGCAAGAUGAGGCGGUCACGACUGGUCCUAACAGUCAGGGGUCCCUUUACCUUUACCUUUUAAGGAAGGCAUUUCUUAUUUCUCCUUGAGCAGCGGGACAUUCUCCCCAGUGCUCCCUCUAAAUCUGUUCUGGGGGAUCCUCCGCUCCCCAGAGCAGAUCUGGGCUUGCUUCAUGGGGAGGAGAGAUGCCAUUGCACUAACACUAAUCCUUUUCCUAGUGCAAAUUUCAUGGAAUAACGCCCCGUAUGAUGACACACACCCUGCAGUCCCUCUCCCUCACCCCUUCAUGCAGGCUUGCAUCUCUAGUGACACGCACACCCUGGGCCAAAGCGACUCUCCAGCCAUGCUUUGUGGCCUGUGCCAAGCUCUUGACAGGUAGCAAAAAUGGGAGAUUGGUUUAGCCUCUAGGUAUGAUACUAAUAAGGGACACGGGUGGCGCUGUGGGUUAAACCACAGAGCCUAGGACUUGCCGAUCAGAAGGUCGGCGGUUCGAAUCCCCGCGACAGGGUGAGCUCCCGUUGCUCUGUCCCAGCUCCUGCCAACCUAGCAGUUCGAAAGCACGUCAAAGUGCAAGUAGAUAAAUAGGUACCGCUCCGGCGGUAAGGUAAAUGGUGUUUCCGUGCGCUGCUCUGGUUUGCCAGAAGCGGCUUAGUCAUGCUGGCCACAUGACCCAGAAGCUGGACGCCGGCUCCCUCGGCCAAUAAAGCGAGAUAAGCACCACAACCCCAGAGUCGGCCACAACUAGACCUAAUGGUCAGGGUUCCCUUUACCUUUAGGAUACUAAUCUUGGCCUGAUUUGGCCCACCAGUUACGGGAACUAACAGAAUCAACUACCGCUUGCCAUCUCUUCACCUUGCAGGAGUUGGCCGACUGGGUUGGCGACUACAAUGAGCCUCUGACGGGCUUUUCCUGGAGAGGCGGCUCGGAGCGGGAGACGACAGGCAUCCAGAUCUGGAGCGAAGUCUUCCUCGUGGACAAGCCCGACGGGAACAAGGUAGGCAGCUCCUUGGUGCUACUCUGUCCCAUGAGACCAGGGCCCUGCAGGAUUUAACGUCCUUCUGCAGGGCCUGUAAGACAGAGCUAUUCCGCCCGGCUUUCAAAUUGAACUUAGCCUGAUCUUUUAUUUCCCCUUCCUUCCCUCCCUCUCCCCUUUUUAUGAAGAUUACUCGCUCUGGGAUCCCACAGCUAAUUCUCCCCUGGUCUCCUCGCUGGCCCAAACAGAACAGAGAGGAAGUAGAAAGAAACUUUGCUUCCUCUCCAGAGGAGAGGGGGCAUGACCUAACCGAGUCUAUCUAGCAGUAUAACUCUGUGGUCCUUAACCCCUUCGUGCACUAACUAGCAGUCGUGCAUAGUUAUGUUUGACUGCGCUCUUCCAUGCAAAUGACUCAGACUUUGGAAAGCUGGUAUCACUGGACCAAGUUCAUCCAUUUUGUUUAAUCAAUUAAACUACAUAGUUUGGGAUUUUGAAGAAAUGUGCAAUUAAUUGUUAUUGGUUUGGAUUUUCUUGUGUUAUUAUCUUCCUUAGUGAGUCAUGCAAACUGAUAUUCUGCAUAAUGCUUUAUUAUUAUUAUUAUUUUAAAAAAUAGAUUACAAGCAUAAAGUCCAAAACAAAGCAGAACAAACAAGACAAAGCAAAACAAAUAUAAAAACAAAACAAAAAAGAAAACGAAAAGAAAAAUCACACCUACAAAGAAAACUAUAUUGUCAUACUAAUCGUUACGUACAUAUACACAUAUUGACUUCCUUCCUUUGUUCUGAGACCUCAUAGUUUUUAAUCUUUCUAUAUUGUUGUGUCUAGUGUAGAUUACCUCUAUCUUUUAUACCUCUUGCACCAUUUUUCAAUUUCUUUAACCUUUACUCCAGAACAAUGUUUUUUCAUAUACUCUUUAACACAUUCCCAUUCUUUUACUAAUUUUUGGUCCAAUUAUCCCCUUAAGAAUGCUGUGAAUCUUGCCAGAUAUAUAUAUUCACAAAAUUUGAUUUGCCAUUCUUUUAUUGAUGGGAUUUCUCCCCCCCCCUUUCCAAUUUUUUGCAAUGAGCAUCCUGGCAGCUGUUGUCGCAUAGAGGAAUACUUUCCUUUGAUUGCCAGGAAUAUGGUUUGUGAUUAUACCUAAAAGGAAUGCCUCUGGUUUUUUACUAAAAGAUAUUUUGAACAUCUUUUUGAUUUCUUCAUAUGUUUCAUUCCAAAAUUGUUGAAUAGGUUGGCAGUGUAUAAUGCUUUUUAUAGGGCAGGGUGGCGGGGGGCAGUGGUGAUGAGAUCAUGGAAACAAGGAGGCAGUGGCCUGGAAAAGUUUGGGAACCGCUGCUCUAAAUAAAUAAAGGACAAUCCUGGAAACCCUUUUCCCAAACGUACUGGGACCCUACCUGCCCGUGGACUGUCUCGCCAGAGUGGUGCAUGCUCUAGUUAGCUCCCGCUUGGACUACUGCCAUUCGCUCUACGUGGGGCUACCUUUGAAGGUGACCCGGAAACAGCAAUUAAUCAAGAAUGCGGCAGCCAAACUGGUGACUGGGAGCGGCCGCCGGAACCACAUAACACCGGUCUUGAAAGACCUACAUUGGCUCCCAGUAUGUUUCCGAGCACAAUUCAAAGUGUUGGUGCUGACCUUUACAGCCCUAAAUGGGCUCAGUAUACCUGAAGGAGCGUCUCCACCCCCAUCGUUCUGCCCGGAUGCUGAGGUCCAGCUCUGAGGGCCUUCUGGCAGUUCCCUCGCUGCUAGAAGCAAAGCUACAGGGAACCAGGCAGAGGGCCUUCUCGGUAGUGGCGCCCGCCCUGUGGAACGCCCUCCCUUCAGAUGUCAAAGCAAUAAACAACUACCUGACAUUCAGAAGACAUCUGAAGGCAGCCCUGUUCAGGGAAGUUUUUAAUGUGUGACAUUUUAAUGUAUUUUUGGUCUCUGUGGAAGCCGCCCAGAGUGGCUGGGGAAGCCCAGCCAGAUGGGCGGGGUACAAAUAAAUAAAUAAAUAAAUAAAUAAAUAAAUAGGACAAUCCUGGAAACCUUUUUUCCGUCUCCUGCAGGUGGCUGUGCUGCUGAUGGACACUCAGGGGACCUUUGACAGCCAGUCAACCCUGCGAGAUUCAGCUACCGUCUUUGCUCUCAGUACCAUGAUCAGUUCCAUCCAGGUAACUGCGAUGAUGGGAAUGGGGGGGGAGGGGGGUUGUGUGUGAAGACCAUAGCUGUCAACUUAGAUUUGAAAAUAAGGGACCAGCAGCCUCGAAAAUAAGGGAUCAGCAGCCAAAAUAAGGGAUUUUAGUCAACCAGCAGCCAAAUGAAGCCUCAAGCGGUGGUUCCCACACCGCAGCAACCCGGCAAAGGGGAUGCAGCAAGGGAAACCACUGUCACCUCUCCGCUGGGAAGCGCUGAGCAAAGGCGAGUCCCCAAACAACACGGCCGAUUUGAUCGGCACAAGGCAUGCAAGCUCCACCCCCCAGUCAUUCUUAGACUCCUUAUUGGGUGAGCAACGCAGCCAAGCAACACAGUUGGAGCCUCCCUCCUCCCUGGCUGGCAGGGAGGGAGGGAGAGGAGCUGCUUCCUUUGAAACCCGGGAAAUUUAAGGGAAAUCAUCAGCAGCGGGACAUGGCGCUGGGAUAAGGGACUGUCCUGCCAAAUAAGGGACGCUUGACAGCUAUGGUGAAGACGGCAUGAGCAGAGGAUGGGCUGUGCUCUGUGUUCAACCAGCUAACCUUAGUAAGCAGGAUGCAAGCAGCCGCCAGCCUCCCUAAGCCCCAGCAAGGGACGCAAGGUGGUCGUGAUUUCUGCCCUGUCCUGUGUUUCUUGCAACCAGAGCUGUUUCUGCUCGGCUGCAGUUUGGUUUCUGCUAAAACCUGCCUGUAUGGUCUCACAAUCCACUGUGGCUGCAAUGAACGUCAUUCAUUAGACAAUCACAUGAUAAACUCCAGAGCAUUUCAGUGGAAGGGAAUCCAUGCCCAAAAGAAUGCAGAAAAUAACGUAACUCUUUACGUAACGUUUGUGGACUUAAACAGUGCUGGCGAGUACUGCUCAUAUUUGCUUGUGUGAUUUCCCUUCCUGACCUUUGCUGAAUUCGUGAAUUGUGACAGUUUCCGCUCCUCUUCCCGUUUCCAGCAGAGUUCUUCAACGUCAUUAGACCUGGCUAGUUAGCAUAAUUGAUGGCGCACUUGAUGGUCUAGUAAACUGAUUUCUAGGGGAAGGUCUGUAGUUCAGUGGUUAGAGCUGAUUUGGGGUGCCUCUCCUCACCCCUUCUGAAAAUUGCUGAUUCUGGGGAAAUAGGCACAAGAUCACAUGCAGGGGGGAGAUCACUCGCCAUAGUGGGGUGGAAUUCUGGCAACGAAAGAGAAGCCAGGGUUGCUUUCAGUCAUUCUUACAUGCUUGUGGGGUUGUUUUGCAUCCAGGUGUACAAUUUGUCCCAGAAUGUUCAAGAAGACGACCUCCAGCACUUGCAGGUAAUAUCUCUCUCUCUCUCUCUCUCUCUCUCUCUCUCUCUCUCUCUCCCCCCUCCCCCAUUUAUGGUGUUUGGGUUUGGGCAGAAGUAGGCUGAUCGCCGAAGAAUUGAUGCUUUUGAAUUCUGGUGCUGGAGGAGACUCUUGAGAGUCCCAUGGACUGCAAGAAGAUCAAACGUAUCCAUUCUUAAGGAAAUCAGCCCUGAGUGCUCACUGGAAGGACAGAUCCUGAAGCUGAGGCUCCAAUACUUUGGCCACCUCAUGAGAAGAGAAGACUCCCUGGAAAAGACCCUGAUGUUGGGAAAGAUGGAGGGCACAAGGAGAAGGGUACGGCAGAGGACAAGAUGGUUGGACAGUGUUCUCGAAGCUACCAGCAUGAGUUUGACUGAAGUGUGGAAGGCAGUGGAAGAUAGGAGUGCCUGGCGUGCUCUGGUCCAUGGGGUCACGAAGAGUCGGACACGACUAAAUGACUAAACAACAACAACAAAGCACAGAAUGGACACUGAAUGAACCUCACUGGGAAUCUCUCUUAUUUGUCUGUAGGAAAAGAGGUUUCUGGUCCUUGACUUGUUUCCAGGCUCCUUUAAAAUAACGCUCAAAUUGGUUUUAUUCUGCUACUGCUUUGUUUUAUUGGUUCUGCACUUUUAAGUGUGUUUUAUAUAUUGCUUAGAUAUGCUUCUUCUAUUGCUUUUAGCAGUUCACUCCACCCACUUUCUCCAUGCCAUGUAUGAUUUCAGAAACCUCUAUAAGAUGUCACAAGACUCCUUGUUUUUACAGAUUAAAAAGGUAAAGGUAAAGUAAGCAGUGUUCUGUGAGCUCUGGUUUCCGUCACGGUGUCUCAUUGUGGCAGAAGUGGUUUGUCCUGCUGGCCACAUGACCUGGAAAGCUCCCUCAGCCUGAAAGUGGAGAUGAGCUCCACACCCCAUAGUCGAUUUCAACUGGACUUAACUGUCCAGGGGUCCUUUACCUUUACCUUUACAGAUUAAAAUUGUUGUUGUUGUUUAGUCUUUUAGUCGUGUCCGACUCUUCGUAACCCCCUGGACCAGAGCACGCCAGGCCCUCCUGUCUUCCACUGCCUCCCGCAGUUUGGUCAAACUCAUGCUGGUAGCUUCAAGAACACUGUCCCACCAUCUCGUCCUCUGUCGUCCCCUUCUCCUUGUGCCCUCCAUCUUUCCCAACAUCAGGGUCUUUCCCAGGGAAUCUUCUCUUCUCAUGAGGUAGCCAAAGUAUUGGAGCCUUAGCUUCAGGAUCUGUCCUUCCAGUGAGCACUCAGGGCUGGUUUCCUUCAGAAUGGAUCAGUUGGAUCUGCUUGCAGCCCAUGGGACUCUCCAGAGUCUCCUCCAGCACCAGAAUUCAAAAGCAUCCGUUCUUCGGCGAUCAGCCUUCUUGAUGGUCCAGCUCUCCCUUCCAUACAUCACUACUGGGAAAACCAUAGCUUUAACUAGACGGACCUUUGUUGGCAAGGUGAUGUCUCUGCUUUUUAAGAUGCUGUCUAGGUUUGUCAUUGCUUUUCUCCCAAGGAGCAGGCGUCUUUUAAUUUCGUGCCUGCUGUCACCAUCUGCAGUGAUCAUGGAGCCCAGAUUAAAAUAUUAAAAUAUAUAGUUCAAAAGAGGGUGGGUGCUCUUCCAGUGACACAGCUUGUUAUCCAGAGUUGGUCAUACUUGGAGUAGAUAGAUCUUCUGAAAUAAAUGGGCGUUUGAUUGCCGCGGGUCUUCUCUUUAGUAUGACUUACUUGGAUAUCACCUGCUGAACUUGCAAUGAUGAGAAGAAUGUUUGACUCCGUCCGACCAUGGAAACAAACGUUCUAGUGCAAAGGGCUGGAUGAACUGAAGUUGUGUGUGUGUAGAACAAGGUCUGGCAGCGCAACUGGACUUCCCUUCUCUGUGCCUCCUGCACACCUCUUAAAUCUGCUCUGGGGCAAGAAGCAUGGCCUGAGCAGACCUCACCCCCCCACGCUUUCCCCACUUUGUGCUCUGUUGAAUUCUGCCCCCUUUCAACACAGCCCCUUCUCUGACACAUUCAUCUCACUCGAAUUCUUUAUAUCCAUAUACUUUUCAAAUUAAUACAUUUCAUUAGUUUUACAGUCCAUUUAACAUUUCAGAAUUUGAGUUCCUUCCUCCUCUUUCAGUGGUUCCUUAAAUAUCUUUUAACACCUUCUGCAUAUCCAAGUUCAUUUACUUGCUCAUUUAAUUAUCUACUGUAAAUAUAUUCGCUUAUAAAACUGCAGGUUAUUACAAUAAUCCUGCUAAUGUUUUUAUCUGUUUACAAUUUAUCUGUAAAUAUUCAAUAAACCAUUUCUGUUGUUUUAUAUAAAAUAAGUUUGUUAUCUUGAUUUCUAUUUCUUCCGGUAAGUGUCACCAUUUCUGCAUAUUGCAAAAGUUUAUGUAUCUAUUCUUCCUUUACUGGGACUUCUGCUUCUUUCCACUUUGGUGCAGGUAGCAUUCUUGCUGCUGUAGUAGCAUACAUGAAUAAAUUUCUACACAAUUUAGGUAGUUCUGUCUCUAUAAUUCCCCAAAGAAAAGCUCACCCUUUUUGCCCUGGUCUGCUUCUUGUUUCAGCUCUUCACAGAAUAUGGGAGGCUGGCCAUGGAGGAGACGUUCCUGAAGCCCUUUCAGGUAAGGGGGGAGAUGGAGGGAGCACCCCACUCCAUCUGUGUUGCUAUAAUAAUAAUGAUAUUAAUGAUAAUAAUAAUAAUAAUAAUAAUAAUAAUAAUAAUAAUAAUUUAUUAUACCUUGCCCAUCUGGCUGGGUUUCCCCAGCCACACUGGGCGGCUUCCAACAGAAUAUUAAAAUACAAUAACCUAUUAAACAUUAAAAGCUUCCCUAAACUGGGUGGCAGAUGAUCUAAAAGCCAGGCUUCAGCUCCCAUCAGCCCCAGCUUGUGUGGCCGAUUGCCAGGGAAUAUGGGAGCCGUAGCCCAAAACCUCUGGAGGGCCACAGGUUGGAGGAGACCGUGAUGGUGCAGAGGGCAGUAUCUGUGUAUUCUCAGCUCUGUUCUCCAGAAUGACAACGACAACAACAACAACAAUAAUAAUUUAUUACAGUCAUACCUCUUGUUACGUUUGUUUCAUGAAACGUUUUUCAGGUUGCAUCCCGCAGCAACCCAGAAGUACCGGAAAGGGUUACUUCCGAGUUUUGCAACUUGCGCAUGCGCAGACGCGCAAAAUGAUGUCACGUGCAUGCACAGAAGCGGCGAAUUGCGACCCAUGCAUGCGCAGACGCGGGUUGCGUUCCUUUCAGGUUGCAAACGGGGUUCCUGAAUGGAUCCCGUUUGCAACCAGAGGUACCACUGUAUUUAUACCUCACCCAUCUGGCUGGGUUUCUCCAGCCACUCUGGGUGGCUUCCAACAAAAUAUUAAAAACACAAUAAAACAUCAAACAUUAAAAACUUCCCUAAACAGGGCUGCCUUCAGAUGUUUUCUAAAUGUCAAGUAGUUAUUUAUCUGUUUGACAUCUGAUGGGAGGGUGUUCCACAGGACGGGUGCCACUACCGAGAAGGCCCUCUGCCUGGUUCCCUGCAACCUCACUUCUCACAGAGAGGGAACCGCCAGAAGGCCCUCGGAGCUGGACCUCAGCGUCCGGUAGAGUGAUGGGGGUGGAGACGCUCCUUCAGGUACACUGGGCCGAGGCCGUUUAGGGCUUGAAAGGUCAGCCCUGAGUCCCUUCCAGCUCUUGGGAUCCUGUAUCUGUGGGGGUAGAAGGUAUGAGAACAAGCCUCCCAACUAGUCCCUUUGUCUCGGCAAGGACUUUAGCUCGUAGAAUCAUAGAAUUGUCAAGUUGGAAGGGGCCCUGAGGGUCAUCCAGUCUAACCACAAUUAGCAUAACCAAAUAAGCUGCUCUGUGCCAUAGAACAAAUGGGUAGGUCUUCCUUCCAUCCCCCUUCACCUCGCCAGGAGAACAAGAGAGAGUGAGUGUGUGUGAGAGAGAGCUGAGCUGGAACAGGCUGGAAGCUGGAGAGACAGAGACCUGCUUGCUCUGUGCUGGAUCCAAAGCUAAUAGAGAGGCAAUAUGUGCUGGGGUGUUGAUGCUGUGAGCCCUUCCAUCUUAUGCUCAGGGUGGCGCUGUGGUCUAAACCACUGAGCCUCUUGGGGUUGCCGAUCAGAAGGUCGGUGGCUCGAAUCCCCGUGACGGGCUGAGCUCCCGUUGCUCUGCCCCAGCUCCUGCCAACCUGGCAGUUUGAAAGCACACCAGUGCAAGUAGAUAAAUAGGUACCACUGCGGUGGGAAGGUAAAUGGCGUUUCUGUGCGCUCUGGUUUCCGUCUUGGUUUCCCAUUGGGCCAAAAGCGGUAUAGUCCUGCUAGCCACAUGACCCGGAAAGCUGUCUGUGGACAAACGCCGGCUCCCUCAGCCUGAAAGCAAGAUGAGCACCGCAACCCCACAGUCGCCUUUGACUGGACUUAACCAUCCAGGGGUGCUUUACCUUUAAAAAGGUAAAGGGACCCCUGACCAUUAGGUCCAGUCACGAACGACUCUGGGGUUGUGGCGCUCAUCUCACUUUACUGGCCGAGGGAGCUGGCGUUUGUCCGCAGACAGCUUCCGGGUCAUGUGACCAGCAGGACUAAGCUGCUUCUGGCGAACCAGAGCAGCGCACGGAAACGGCGUUUACCUUCCCGCUGGAGCGGUACCUAUUUAUCUACUUGCACUUUGAUGUGCUUUCGAACUGCUAGGUGGGCAGGAGCAGGGACCGAGCAACGGGAGCUCAUCCUGUCGCGGGGAUUCGAACCGCCAGCCUUCUGAUCAGCAAGUCCUAGGCUCUGUGGUUUAACCCACAGCGCCACUCGCGUCCCUCUUUUACCUUUAUAUGUGUGUAAAUAAAGCCAUAUAUCCAAAAGACAGCACAGUCUCCACUGACUGUCAAUCCAAGGAAACCAAACCUGGGGAAGCGCAUGGAACCCCCCAGAGUCCUUCAGUGUUCAGAGAUUAGGGUGGCGUAUUCAGUGUUUUGUUGGGGACAGAGCUUGGCUGUGUAGUUGGGGCGACUUAUUUCACUUUGCACACAAGUAAUUCUCUUUGUCCCUUUUGCAGUCUCUCAUUUUCCUUGUUCGCGACUGGAGCUUUCCUUACGAGUUUUCCUACGGGGCAGAUGGUGGAGCCAGGUUUUUGGAAAAGCGCCUCAAGGUUGGUCUUAACGCUUUCGUUUUCUCCUCCUAUUUUUUUUUUCAUGCUCAAAACUCCCAACAAUUUAAAUCCCAUCAAGUAGUAAAAAAUAAAAAUGAGCAAAUUGAAGUGGGAAGUGGAACAAACCACACUUGCAACUAACUGUUGCUAAAAGGAGGCACCUGGUCAAUUGCAGGUGUGUCAUGUGACUCAGCUGGCCAGUCAGGUGACGAUGAAUGGAGCAUCCUUGUGUGGGAGCCUUUGGAUGUGGGUGGGGCGGGGCCUGGAUAAGAGAUGCAAAAAGGGGACCACCCCCCUUUUGAAAGCUGCAUUCUCAGCCAGUUUGAGAAGGAGGUGGUAGCGCUUCCUUGUGCCUUUAGGCAAGGGCCGUCUUAAGCAUAACCGGCACCGUGGUGCAAAUAUCUCUCCGGUGCCCACCCACCCACCCACCCCCAUUUCCCAGAGUUGUCAACCUUUUUAAAGUGGGGGGGGGGAACGACACUUCGAUCCGGCUCAUUUACAUCGCGUGGUCCGAUGCGCGCUCGGCGCUGCAUGUAAGAAAGGGGCGCCCGGAUCGCAGCCCAGAUGGCCUCCCACGAAGCCCGGUGCCCCUUCCCUGUCCCCGUCUGGGGAAGUCUGCACCACAGUGUUAACGGAGAAAUCUAAGGGCUCCCUUGGACAAAAAACAAGGACACCAGCCAGGAAUAGCAGAGCAAAACAGCAGCCAGUCGGCUUGGUCUUGAUUGAAGACUGUUGUGACAGGACUCCCACCUGCCACAAGGUGGAACAAGAUGGAAGCCCCAAACAAAAGAGAACCCAAACUUUUAUUAGCUGCUAAUCCCCAUGUUACACCCCCCAAACUACAUCACUCAUACAUCACGGUUACAUCAUGAAAGGGGAGGUCUGGUGGCCGUAAUCUGAGCAUCCUGGACCCUGCCCCAUGGUUCCCCUUGCCCUCCACCAAACACCCAUCAAGUGUAACAAAAAAGAUAUUUACAUUUCCCUGUUUCCCAGCCAAGUGAAUCACAUCCUUUUGUCUUCGUCUGGGUUUGUUAUUUCUGGAAUGGCUACCUGUCUGGCACUCAGGUAUCAGGAUGCCAGGCAUUAUCCCUCAGGCAGAGGGGCUGCUGAGUAGCUGAGCUCACACGUCUAUAUGAAUUUCUGAAGUUUUCCCAGUGAGCCAGUACAUAGAUACAUUUAUCAGUGAAUGCUUACAUUUGGUAUCGUGCAGCAAAGGCCCUUUGAAUAGAUAGGAAGAAACUGUGAUGAAGUGUUUUGUGGGGGCAAAAAACAAGUCACAAAAGCGAUUGUGCUGAUUUUGGUAGUGGGCUGCAGGUGCAUGAUAUCUGCUGGAGGGACAACCCCCCCCCCAAACCUAUACAUAAAUUCCUGCAACAACAGGAGGGCCAGCAAGCAGAUCAGAUGCCUCAUUAGCUGUGCCAUCCUCGCUGUGCACUGGGAUCGCACAGGGCGCUUCCCUUCUCCGCUCGCAGACUCCGCAGGGAGGCGCGCAGGCAGCGACGUGGCCAGAGAGGGGUGCCCUGUCCCUGCCCCCGAUCGCGCCCAUCAGGCACCCAGGCAACCCUGGCAGGAGGAGACGCGAAGGGGCUUCCCUGAGCCGGACGCAGCAUGCUCCGAUGGGUGGCUGAGAGGAGGGGAGUGGGCUGCCCCAGAGCGGGGAAGGGAGCGCGCCCUGACUCUCCUUCCCGGACACUCAGCCUGUGGUGCCCUCCAAAAUCUGGCACCCUGGUGCCCCGCGCCACUUAGGUCUAUGCGUAAGACGGCCCUGCCUUUAGGCCAGGGGUGGGGAGCCUUUCUAUCUGGUCUGAGGCCGUUUUGGCAGAGCUCCCUCACUCCAAAGGAGCAAGGUUGUUGACUGUGGAACGGACUCCCUCUGGAGGUUUUUCCCAGAGGCUGGAUGGUCACCAGCCAGGACUUCUUUAGCUGUGAUUCCUGCUUACAGAUGGCCCUUGGGGGUCCUUUUCCAGCUCUACGAUUCUAUGACUUCCCAAGCCGUUGGUCCCCCUCUAAAGAGCGACCUUGCUAAUCCGCCCUCCCACUUGCUCUCAGGUCUCGGGGAACCAGCACGAAGAGCUGCAGAACGUCCGGAAACACAUCCAUUCUUGCUUCACCAACAUCUCCUGCUUCCUCUUACCUCACCCGGGCUUGAAAGUGGCCACAAACCCAAACUUCGACGGGAAACUCAAAGGUGGGUUCGUUUGCAAGCUUCAUUUCUCCGAUUGCCUCCUGUGUGCCAGGUCUCUCUCGCCCCCCCCCCCCCCAGAUACGGGUCCCUUGCAUUUUGACUCCCGGUAGCUCUUGCAAACUCCUCUCUUCCCGUCAGGGCACCUGCAAGCUUAUGCUCUAAACUGGCCUUUCCCAACCCCGUGCCUCCAGUUUUGGACUACAAGGCCAUGUGGCUCCAACCUGCUGGCCUGAUCCAUUUCCUCAUCCGUGAUUUAUUUCAUUCAAAUGUAUUUGUAUUCCACCCUUCACUGUAAGAUCCCAAGCUGCAUCUCAAACACAAUCGAAGCAACAGUUCCAGAACUGACGAGAAAAGUUAAAACAUAACAAAAUCCAAUCCUACAAUUUUUAGCAGCAACCAACCUCUCAUCUGCAAGGGACACGGGUAGUGCUGUGAGUUAAACCACAGAGCCUAGGGCUUGCUGAUCAGAAGGUCGGCGGUUCGAAUCCCCGUGACGGGGUGAGCUCCCGUUGCUCGGUCCCUGCUCCUGCCAACCUAGCAGUUUGAAAGCACGUCAAAGUGCAAGUAGAUAAAUAGGUACCACUCCAGCGGGAAGGUAAACGGCGUUUCCGUGCGCUGCUCUGGUUCGCCAGAAGCGGCUUAGUCAUGCUGGCCACAUGACCCGGAAGCUGUACGCUGGCUCCCUCGGCCAAUAGAGCGAGAUGAGUGCUGCAACCCCAGAGUCAUCCGCGACUGGACUUAACAGUCAGGGGUCCCUUUACCUUUACGUUUAACCUCUCAUCUAUGGUAGUUCUCUGCCUGGUGCUGAAAUGACAAAAGCAUCAAAACCAGACAUGCGCCUGCCACUUGUUCUUCUUCUUUUUCUUUUUCUUCUUAUUAAUUUAUCACAAACAGAUGGACAAACUAGUGCAUAAUCUUAGAAACAAUAAGAGAACCAUAAAUAGCACAUAUUCCGUAUAAAAAAAACAAAUCACAGAGAUGCACUUACAUAUAGCCAAGUUAUUAAGAUGAGUCCAUAUAGCACAACCACAACGAGGCGCGCAUCAUCAUUAUACAUUAAAAAUAGUCAUUAAAUUUGUAUACCACCCUUCAUCCGAAGAUCUCAGGGCAGUUCACAACAUAAAAACACAGAAUAAAAAUACAAAAUGUGAGGAGCACUUGCAUGGCUCCCCUAGUGGCUGGGGCAACUAAUAAAUAAAAUUGUUGUUGUCGUCGUUAAAAUAAAAAAUGGAGACUAGUCUGUCUCCGUCUCCAUCAAAACCCUGAUUUGGCUUCGCCCCAGACUACACUUCUAACUAGACAAUCUGAUAAAUAUCGUAUUUUUUGCUCUAUAAGACUCACUUUUUCCCUCCUAAGAAGUAAGGGGAAAUGUGUGUGUGUCUUAUGGAGCGAAUGCAGGCUGCGCAGCUAUCCCAGAAGCCAGAGCAGCAAGAGGGAUUGCUGCUUUCACUGCGCAGCGAUCCCUCUUGCUGUUCUGGCUUCUGAGAUUCAGAAUAUUUUUUUUCUUGUUUUCCUCCUCCAAAAACUAGAUGCGUCUUAUGGUCUGGUGUGUCUUAUAGAGCGGAAAAUACGGUAAAUGAAUGUUUCCUACAUUAGUGAACCAUGUCUUCCACAUAGGAACUUUUGAUGAUUUCCAGGACAGGCUAUUAGCCACCUGCCUGCUGAUAGUAACAUAAGCACUAGAUUCUGUAUAAGCAGUAGGAUUGACGUCAUUCUCCAAAGCGUUUGACAUCAUCCGCUUGCUUGCGAGGACUGCUUUUUCCACUGACUCGCCUUCCCCCACAGAAAUAGACGAGGACUUCAUCAAGAACCUGAAGGUGCUGAUCCCUUGGCUGCUCAGCCCCAAGAGCCUGGACGUCAAGGAGAUCAACGGCAACCAGAUCACCUGCCGAGGCCUCGUGGAAUAUUUCAAGGUGAGCCUGAAGCUGUCAGGAGGCGGACUCAGGAACCCCAUUCUUGCUGGGCCGUCUUGGGCAGGAUGCCUCCUUCCUCUUCGGCCUCAUGAAAAGGGAGUCCUUUGUAAAAAGCUGGAGGGCAGGGCCUUUUUCUUCGUAGCCCCUGUGUUGGGAGGUCAUACAGCAGCGGGUGGGGAACCUUCUGCCCUCCAAUGGGAGUUGGACUCCAACUCCCAUCUGCCCCUGCCAGCAUGGCCAGUUGUCAGGGAUGAUGGAAGUUGUAGUCUAGCACCCCUGGACCUUGGUGGCUUAGAAGAGCUUAAAUGUCAAAGCCAGCACCUGAAGGUGAACAUAGAAUAAUAAUAAUAAUAAUAAUAAUAAUAAUAAUAAUAAUAAUUUAUUAUUUAUACCCCUGCCCAUCUGGCUGGGUUUCCCCAGCCACUCUGGGCGGCUUCCAACAGAAUAUUAAAAUACAAUAGUCUAUUAAACAUUAAAAGCUUCCCUAAACAGGGCUGCCUUCAGAUGUCUUCUAAAAGUCUGGUAGUUGUUUAUCUCUUUGACAUCUGGUGGGAGGGCGUUCCACAGGGAGGGCGCCACUACUGAGAAGGCCCUCUGCCUGGUUCCCUGUAACUUGGCUUCUUGCAGCGAGGGAACUGCCAGAAGGCCCUCAGCGCUGGACCUCAGUGUCCAGGCAGAAUGAUGGGGGUGGAGACGCUCCUUCAGGUCUACUGGUCCGAGGCCGUUUAGGGCUUUAAAGGUCAGCAUCAACACUUUGAAUUGUGCUUGGAAAUGUACUCGGAGCCAGUAGGCCUUUCAAGACCGGUGUUAUGUGGUCUCUGCGGCCGCUCCCAGUCUCCAGUCUAGCUGCCGCAUUCUGGAUUAGUUGUAGUUUCCGGGUCACCUUCAAAGGUAGCCCCACGUAGAGCGCAUUGCAGUAGUCCAAGCGGGAGAUAACUAGAGCAUGCACCACUCUGGCAAGACAGUCCACAGGAAGGGAGGGUCUCAGCCUGCAUAGAGGAUGGAGCUGGUAGACAGCCGCCCUGGACACAGAAUUGACCUGCGCCUCCAUGGACAGCUGUGAGUCCAGAAGCAAGCCUCUUGGUCCUUAGAAGCUGGUAGCCUUGCAGGUCAGCCAGUUGGAGCUUCCUGUUUUCCUGAGUUUUUACAGACCUUUGUGGACUUUUCUGUGCAUGCAUAAACUCAGCCUGUCUUGUCUUGUCUUCUUCCCAGGCCUAUAUAAAGAUCUACCAAGGAGAGGAGCUGCCUCACCCCAAAUCGAUGCUGCAGGUAAGUCGCACGGCACUGAUUACAGUUAUUAAACAAAUUGAGGUGUAUUUAUUUUUACUCACGUUACACAACUUGGAUUGUUCUCUGCACAGUGGGUUAGGGCUCUCCCGACUGGUGGGGUUUGUUGGGUUUUUUUUACAGGUGCCACCUGCAACAUAACUGAUGCAAUAGCUGUGCACUAGAGAUGCAUUUCCUUGCCAACAAAGGUACGUAUAGUUCAAGCCAUGGUUUUCCCAGUAGUGAUGUAUGGAAGUGAGAGCUGGACUAUAAAGAAGGCUGAUCGCCGAAGAAUGGAUGCUUUUGAAUUCUGGUGCUGGAGGAGACUCUUGAGAGUCCCAUGGACUGCAAGAAGAUCCAACCUCUCCAUUCUGAAGGAAAUCAGCCCUGAGUGCUCACUGAAAGGACAGAUCCUGAAGCUGAGGCUCCAAGACUUUGGCCACCUCAUGAGAAGAGAAGACUCCCUGGAAAAGACUCUGAUGUUGGGAAAGAUGGAGGGCGCAAGGAGAAGGGGACGACAGAGGACAAGAUGGUGGGACAGUGUUCUUGAAGCUACCAGCAUGAGUUUGACCAAACUGUGGGAGGCAGUGGAAGACAGGAGUGCCUGGCGUGCUCUGGUCCAGGGGGUCACAAAGAGUCGGACACGACUAAACAACUAAACAACAACAACAAAGAGAUGCAUUUGUGCUAAAUGGUCCACAUGUCAACCUGUUGUAAGCCAAAAACGGCUUAUCUUCUGAGUUUACGCCACUAAAACUCAGAGACAAGAGGAAUUAGGAGUCCAUUCUUGUUUAUUGCAAAGCAAUAGGUUACAGUUGAAUCUUUUCGCAAAACUGCAACCCAGAAUCUUUUCGCAAAACUGCAGCCUCAUUUCCUGUUUAAUACACAUGCACAAUAAGCAUUGCUGACUAAGCUUUGAUAUUCACUGUGAUCAGUUACGUUGUGUUAGUAUGCACAUUGGGAACCCGUGUUACGUGUAGCCAUUUGCACCAGGUUUAUAAACUGUAUUUUCGUGAUUUACGUAUUAACCGUCCUUCUGUCCCAGUGGGGGGACGGCGACUUGCAAAAUCAACAGUUUCUUAAAGCAACAGGUUACCAUAACUUCUCUAUUAGAAGCAUAUUCAAGGAUUUAUAGGGGUUCACACUAUCACAUUCAUUAUGGCCCUUUGGACCACUACCACAAUCCCACUUUCUUCAUUGUUUUGCAAUGCUUCCCCGGGCUUCAUUGCUCCGGGGUGUGUGGGUGUGUGUGCUAGAGUGCUGCAGCAGUGCAACAAAAACCAAAAACCAAAACAGAAGUGGAACAAGAAAUAAACUGGGACAUUUGAGCUGUGCUAAGUUACAGGAUUUCAGCAGAAAGCUACAGAAUGUGAAUGGAUUGGAAACAUAGCGUAACGUCUUCCAGGCAGAGUGUUGUAACUGCUCUGAUGCCACCGUGAGCACAACUGAUUGUGGAUGCGCAAUGGAAAAGGUGUUUGGAGGAGCCCUUAAAGAUGCUCCUCCCCACUCCCUCUCCUUGGUGUGUUUUUUUCCUUGGGCCCAGUGACCCCUUUCCCUCCUCCUGGUGGUGUCAGUGUGGUGUAGUGGUUAAGAGCAGUAGACUCGUAAUCUGGGGAACCGGGUUCGCUUCCCCGCUCCUCCACCUGCAGCUGCUGGGUGACCUUGGGCCAGUCACACUUCUCUGAAGUCUCUCAGCCCCACUCACCUCACAGAGAGUUUGUUGUGGGGGAGGAAGGAAAAGGAGAACACAACAUGAGAGCCAGUGUGGUGUAGUGGUCAAGAGCGGUGAACUUGUAAUCUGGUGAACAGGGUUCGCGUCUCCACUCCUCCACAUACAGCUGCUGGGUGACCUUGGGUUAGUCACACUUCUUUGAAGUCUCUCAGCCUCACUUUGUUGUGGGGGAGGAAGGGAAAGGGGAAUGUUAGCUGCUUUGAGACUCCUUCGGGUAGUGAUAAAGCGGGAUAUCAAAUCCAAACUCUUCUCUUAUUCUUCUGGUUCCCUCUUCUGACCUUUCCUCCUGAUCCCUUGCAGGCCACGGCAGAAGCAAACAACCUUGCAGCUGUUGCCACGGCUAAAGACACUUACAACAAAAGAAUGGAAGAGGUAAGCCUGAUGCUGCGUCCUCCACCAAGGAGCGUGGCCCCUCCACGAUUCCACUAGGCCCCCUUUGGGCUGCAGGAAAGCCCUCUCUGUGCAAGAACUGGGCGAGAUUCAGCGGGCAGAGAGUUCAAAUUGUGCGACAGGAUGGCCCAACUCCGUUCUGGGUGGGGUUUUACUCCAUGGAAGGAGCAGGCCAUAAGAGUCAUAAAAUCACAGAACUGGAAGGCGCUCCUGGGGGACAUCUAGUCCAGCCCCCUGCAAUGCAGGAAUCUCAGCUAAAGCAUCCAUGACAGAUGGCCAGCCAGCCUCUGCUUAAAAGCCUCCAAUGAUUGAGAGUCCACCACCUUCUGAAGGAGUCCGUUCCACUAUCCAGCAGCUCUUACGCCAGCUUUUAAGGUCCUCAACUUGAGAGCACUCCUUGCUCCUUUCUUUUUGCUACGAUACAAUACGAUAAUCCUUAUUGUCAUUGUCCCAUACAGAACAACAAAAUUGAAAAAAAUCUACACCAGACCUUCAAAAACCAACAAGCCUGCUAUGCCAGCCUGGUUAACCCCCUAAAAAUUCUGAUACCCCAUAAGUAAAUACAAUAUACUCCCACAGAGACUACCUUACGCUGCGUUUAAAACCAAAAUCGCAUUUGGAUAGAAACUGUUUCUCAGGCGGCUAGUCCUAGUCUUUAUAACCCUGUACCUUCUUCCAGAAAGCAGAAGCUGAAAGAGAUCAUUUCCGGGGUGCGCACUAUCUUGCACUAUCUCUGCAGCUUUCUUAUGGCACCUGGAAGCAUAGAUCUGAUCCAGCGUGGGAAGAAUGCACCCAGUUAUUCUCUCCACAAUCUUUACAACCCUGGACAGCGUUGUUUUUCCCCUGACCGUGCAGCUCCCAAACCACACACAGAGACCAUAAGUUAAUACACUUUCCACAGUAAAUGGUAAAAUGCCAUCAACAGGUCCUUUGAGAGAUUAUUUUUCUGGAGGAUUCUCAGAGACCCACUAGAGACCCAAGUGAGAUUUCUUAGGAGUGCUGCAGCCAUUUCUAGACGGGGGCAGCCUGACCACAGUGAUCCAUGCAUGCGUAACCCUGAGCCUUGAUUACUGCAAUGCCCCUUGUGUGGGGAUGCCCUCUUUUCAUCGCCCGGAUGCUGCAACGACUGCAGAGUGCCUGCUAUGCUGCCAGCUGGGUCCCUGAUAAAGGCCAACUGAGCCCCAAGGCACAGGCGGACUUUGGUCUUUCAAAUUUCAGCAGCGCCCCAUGCGAGGGCAAAGUUCAAUGUGUGCCACUGCAUCUUGCCUUCUCUUCUGCUCAAUUCACUACAUCAAUGGGUCCUAACUGGUGGUCCCAAGCGUUUGUGUCACCAUAUCAAAAUUUUCAAAUAUGGGGGUCUAUGGCUUGGCUUUUCAAAAAUAGGGGGUCUGCAGUACAUAGCUCAUUGGGGACCAUUGCACUAGGCCGUGGGGCACCCCUAGACUCAGUGCCCAGCGCGGCAGAACCGAUCUCACUGCUCUAAAUCCGCCUCUGCUCAGAGGCAGGUGGGGAGCUAGAUUAAUGACUGGCAGUGGCCCCCAGGACCAUAUAACACCUACAUUGGCUCCCAGUACGUUUCUGAGCACAAUUCAAAGUGUUGGUGCUGACCUUUAAAGCCCUAAGCGGCCUCGGUCCAGUAUACCUGAAGGAGUGUCUCCACCCCCAUUGUUCACCCUGGAAACUGAGGUCCAGCUCCAAGGGCCUUCUACGAGAAGUGAGGUUGCAGAGGGCCUUCUCAGUAGUGGCGCCCUCCCUGUGGAACAGAUGUCAAGAAAAUAAACAACUAUCUGACUUUUAGAAGACAUCUGAAGGCCGCCCUGUUUAGGGAUGUUUUGAACAUUUGAUGUUUUAUCGUGUUUUUUAAUAUUCUGUUGGGAGCUGCCCAGAGUGGCUGGGGAAACCCAGCUAGAUGGGCGGGGUAUGUUAUAUUAUUAUUGGGGUGCAGCGUAAGGAAUCGGGCAAUCCUUUAGAUCACCGGUUCUCAACCUGUGGGUCCCCAGAUGUUAUUGGACUACAACUCCCAUCACCCCCGAGCUCUGGCCUUGCUAGCUAGGGGUGAUGGGAGUUGUAGUUCAACAACACCUGGCGACCCACAGGUUGAGAAAGGCUGCUUUAGAUAUUUGGGGCCCCUGUAGCUCAGGGCCUUGUGAAUUAAUGCAGAAACCGUGAACCUGCAGGUGUGUGGAGGCGACAAGCCCUUCCUGGCGCCCAGCGACCUCCAGAGCAAACACCUGGAGCUGAAGGAGGAGGCGGUGCGGCAGUUCCGGUCCGUGAAGAAGAUGGGGGGCGAGGAGUUCAGCCGCCGCUACCUCCAGCAGCUGGAAGCCGAGAUCGACGAGCUCUACGUCCAGUACAUCAAGCACAACGACAGCAAGAACAUCUUCCACGCCGCCCGCACACCCGCCACGCUCUUUGUGGUCAUCUUCAUCACCUACGUCAUUGCCGGGGUGACCGGCUUCAUCGGCUUGGACAUCAUAGCCAGCCUGUGCAAUAUGAUCAUGGGCCUGACCCUGAUCACCCUCUGCACCUGGGCCUACAUUAGGUACUCAGGGGAGUACAGGGAGCUGGGCGCCGUCAUAGACCAAGUGGCCGCAGCGCUCUGGGACCAGGUGAGCAGAUGUCAGGCGUCAGAGUAUCCAAACCCCUCCACGGUAGGUUGCCAGGAGUGGACAAGACAGGAGAGUUCUUACCUGUUGCUUUUUAUUCAGUAGUCACAGAGAGAGGCUUAGAAAUGCAGCCUCAGUGGCGUUGCUCCAAGUGUAGCCCCACUCCCUGCGUCCCUCCCACUUCUCAUGAGUCAUUGCUACGGUGCUGAAAAGCACCUUUUGCCUCUGAGCCCUCUGCUCUCCUACUUUCAAGGCACGCCGUGUUCUGGGAGAGCAGGGGGUUUGGAAUGCUUUCUAAAGACACUGAGUCCAUCAGCUGUCUCUCCCCUGGUGCUUCUUGUUCUUCCUCCUCUCCCGUUAUUUCCCAGGUUUCCCCCCUCAUCUGCCUCUGAGCUGUAACCUCCCUCAAACCCCUGUUGUAAUUCUGAACUGUCUCCUUCUUCCCUGGAAGGUUCAGGCUAGGGAGGCCAUCUCCACCAUUCCUCCUUGCCCAGUCCCUGACAGCAGAACAGGCUGCCCCUGGCCAGCAACAGGUAGCCUUGGGCACUUCCAGGCUGCCUCUGUUUCCGCGGGGGGGGGGGGGGGAUUCAGUCACACACCAACAAAUUCAGCUUCCACAUUUAUAGCUGGCUAGAGAGAAGUGCCCAGCGUUGCAUGGGAAGUCUAAGAAACUAAAGUAAGUCGGUGCAUUUUUAAAAUCAGUGCAGUUUUACAUGGUUCCGUCCGCCAUCUUUAUUCCAAAUGGCACCUGACGGUAUCCAAAUAUAGGCCGAGACCCGCUCCUCCAUCUUGGUGACCGUCCCGCCAAAUGGGACGACGGUAUCUUUAGAGGUUUGGUCCGCCAUCUACCUUCAGAAUGGCUUCUUAAGGGCAUUCAAAUGUAGACAAAAGCCUUCUGCUCCAUCUUGGGCACUGCCAUGCCACGUUGGGCAACGGUGUCCCAAGAGGUGCGCGAAUGCAUAGAGGACAGCUGUACAGACAGGCAAUAAUAUAAAUAGUAGAUUGGGGAGGAGUUUUGCGUAACAAACCCGCUUCCCCCAAAAGAUUGGAAUUUUUUUUGCAGGAAGGAAGGUGAUGGGGAAAUACUCUGGAAUGCAUUGGGGUAAUGCUUGCUUUGAUGAAACGCUGUCUAACCUCCCUGCAAACAGAUCAGAAUAAUUGCUCGUUGAAUAGCCAAUGUGGUCUAAUCUCCCUGCUCAAUAAAUGGUUCAUCUGGAAGCCCCCCAUGGGAUUAGGAGGAGGAGGAGGAGGAAGAAGGGAGGGAGAUAGGUUUAAGUACAAGGGGAAAAAACUCAGCUUUGACCGGGGAGGGCAGAGGCCGACAGUGAACCUUAUUUACUAGGAUGUCCACAAGGAGGCUGCACUUCUACAAUGGGGAAUCAGUUUAUCUGCAUGGGAGGCUGGGAUGGGAAGGACCAGGCAAAUCCAUGGAGGAGGAGCUGCCUGCCAGUGGCUGGUGGUAGUCAAUACUCAUCGCCAACAGAAGGACCGUAGCUCAGCGCUGGGCACCUGCUUUGAAUGCAGAAGGCCCUGGUUCAGUGUCUGGCAUCUCCAGGGGGCACUGGGUGAAACUCCAGUCUGAAAGGUUGGAGCUGCUAUGGGUCAGGGGCACAUCCUUUGCAUGCAGAAGGUCUCAUGUUUAUUAAAGGCUUCUAAAACGCUUUUCACUUCAGACACCAAGAGCGGUUCAGUUGCUCAUGUGCUUUUGGUCAUGACUCCUGAAAAGGUGGGGUAUAAAUUAGAACUGGAAUAAAUGCCUCCCCACCACUUCCCAUUCUGCUCCCAUGAGAGUUGGUGGGGAAAUAUUUUGAAUUUUUGGAGGGUGGGGAGCAAAUUUCUAAGCAUUUUCAUCUUAGGCUUAAGUCAGAGGUGGCCAAGAGAUUCUUUGCCCCCUUUUAAAAGCCACACCAACUCUGUCUGCGUUCCUGGAGAAAACGUUUUGCAAUGAUAGAACACAGUCUCCGGGGUUAUUAUUGAUAUUGUGUGUGGGAGGGUUAUCCCUCUCCUCAUUAAAAAAAAGAAGUUCUCAACCACAUUGUAUUUAUGCCUAAGAUAAAAUGAACUUUUAAAAAGAAGCCUCCCCACCAACACCUGCUGCAAAAUUAAUGCCAACAAAACUUUGCCCAGAACUAAUAGAAGUAUUUAUAACAUCUGUGUAUAUUUGACAAAUUGUUGUCUCCUGAUUUUCCUGACAAUUGAAGCAUCAGAUGUCCGAAAGUGGAAUCACCAUGACAGUCUAUAGCGACCACAAAAAAUAUCCAAAACAAGAAUGAAUAAAAGUAAACCUCCACUGAAAAAGGUGGCAGAAUUUGUGCCAGGAGGCCUGUUUUCAGCGCAGUCAGCCAUUCCCCAACCCUGGUGCCCUUCUGCAUGGUUUGGACUACAACUCCCAUCAUCCCAGGCAGUACAGCUGUGCUUCCAGCAGUUACAGCAUCAUACAGCUGUGCUGGCUGUGACUGAUGGGAGUUGUAGUCCGAAUCCUGCCCGGAAGGCACAGGGCUGGCUGAAGGCUGUGCAACCUGGGCUGAUGGCAUGACUCUUUACAAGGGUUCAGGUAGCAGGGAGGGGAUGGAGGAAGGGGUGUCAAAAUUUUCCGCCAGGGUGCCCUUAAGCUGACAGAGGUCUAGAGGAGACUGCACAUGUCCUCUUUCUCUCACCUUGUGUUUUUUCCCCCUUCAACUGCCUUACCUGCAGGGAAAUACGAAUGAGGUAAGCCCAUUACUCUUUAUGUAGCAGCAGCUGCCCUUCUGCCAGUGUCAGUCUGUGUGUGCAAACUGUGCUAUAUUUGGGGUGCUUAAAUGCUUCAACUUCCUGCCUCCUUUGUCCAAGUGGGGAAGGAGAGGCAGGUAGGCUUGCUUUGCUUCGGGACUUCCUGGCUUGCAAGACGCGCCUCCUGCACAAUUUUUGGCCCAGGGCGUUGAUUGCACAGCCCCAUCGUGCAUCUCCUGCGACCUGUCCAGGGCUUGGCAGCCUCCCUUCUCGCUUCCUGCAAUUCUAGGCAGGCCUUGGGUAAGGGCCAUAGCUCGGUGGUAGAGGCUCUGCUUGCAUACAAAAGGCCCCAGGUUCCCAGUUCCCAGGUAAAGCUGAGGUUUGUCUCCUGUCUGAAAGCCUGGAGAGCCACUUUGACAGUGCUCUGAUAAGAAAGCAUCCUAUGAUCCUUCAGCAGCAUUGAACAAGCUUCUUGCUGGCCUGAUCCUGGAGGGCUCAAGUUCUCUGGUGGGCUCAAUGUUGAAUGGGAACUGCUGUUCCCAGGUAGUGGUAGCUGAAACCAAGCUGAAAUUGUGUAUUGGAGGCAGCGAUACUUAUGAAUGUUGGAAGCCACAGGAGGGGAGAACUGCUUGCCGGAAGAGGCCUUUGAUUGGCCACUGUGAGUACAAGAUGCUGGACUUAGUGGGCCGUUGGCCUGACCCAGUCCCUUCCCAUGUUAACCAUAAGUGUGCAUGGUGCCUUCUAGCAGUAGCAGCUGGAACUGUGCUGGCUGGGACUGAUGGGAGAUGUAGUCUAAAUUAUUAGGAGGGCACCAGGUUUGGAAGGCUACUCUAGUUGCUUUUGGUAGUUAGCAAGUUUCUAGCAAUCAUUUAGACGCUGUUGCAGAAAACCCCAGAAAAAUGUGACAACUGGGGACAUUGCAGGAGGGCAGAGGAACAACUUUUAAGAAGACAAGUUCAGAUUAAGGACACUCGAGCUCUUUUUUCUGCCUUUGGGAUUCGCUGAUAGAUGCUUAUGCACCACAGUUAAGAGGUUGCUUGUUUGCUAACCCUGACGGCAGUGGGCCAUGUUGCUUCAGGCAGGGGGAAAUCAUUCCUUUCUCAGCCUAGGCUCAACCACGAGCACAACCAGGUUCGCACUGCCUGAUCUCAGGGCUGUCGCACCCGAGUUGAAAUCCAAAAACCCACGCUUGCUGAGUGUGCUGCUUUGUGUGAGAUGGUGGCUUUUUGCGGGACUGAACCCUGGGUGCAUCUGGGGAAGCUUGCCGUGCAAAAACUGUAUUUCUGUUUUCACUGAAAUGAGAAUCGUGGCACAGAGUAUCAGAUGUCUGAUCCAUAGACGUGGUCUCGAUCCUAAACUGCGGCAGGUUCUCUCUCCCUCCUACCACACCUGAGGUGUCGACUGGCAUGUUGUGUGCCUACCUUUAGCUGAAGGGAAACCCCUGCCUUCCUUGGCGCAUUCCCAAGCUGUUGAGGAGAAGCCCACCUAGAAUUACAGUGACAGCUGGGAGACCAUGCAGAGGCAGGAAUAAGCUCUAGCAGCUUAAACCAAGCCAGGGCUCCAAACAGAUUCCACACCGUAGCUGAAAAUAUUAAGUGAGUUAUAACCCAAACUCAAUCAAGGACAGAAUUCUGCAGCUACUAAAAGUUACGCAGAUUAUAUAAUGGAUUGGCUCGCUUUGCCCUAUUUAUGUUGCACUUUUUCAUGUUUUUAUAGGGACGCGGGUGGUGCUGUGGUCUAAACCACGGAGCCUAGGGCUUGCCGAUCAGGUCGAAGGUUCGAAUCCCCGACACGGGGUUGCCCGGUCCCUGCUCCUGCCAACCUAACAGUUCAAAAGCACUUCAAAGUGCAAGUAGAUAAAUAGGUACCGGCGGGAAGGUAAACGGCGUUUCCGUGCGCUACUCUGGUUCGUCAUGCUGGCCACAUGACCCGGAAGCUGUACGCCGGCUCCCUCGGCCAAUAAAGCGAGAUGAGCACCGCAACCUGAGUCAUCCGCGAUUGGAUGUAAAGGGUCAGGGGUCCCUUUACAUGUUUUGCAUUAAUUAUUUUGCUUCUGCCAGCAAUGAGAGCAAGGUUGCAGGGACCAAGCAAACCUGAAUCCCUGGCCAUUGGCAAUAUUAUCUGGCCACACACAAACACUAAAGCAUAUACAGUGGUACCUUGGGAUGCGAACGGGAUCCGUUCCGGAGCUCCGUUCGCAUCCUGAAUGGAACGUAAGACGUGGGUCACGUUUUGCCGCUUCUGUGCAUGUCAUUUUGAGCAUCUGCGCAUGCGACGAAACCCAGAAGUAACGCACUCCGUUACUUCCGGGUUGCCAUUGAGCGCAAACCGAAAGCGCUCAACCUGAAGCACAUUCAGCCUGAGGUAUGACAGUAUAUGCAGACUUGAAACUGUAUUUAUUUUUUUUUUAAAGGAGAGCUGAAUUCUGCCACCAGUGCCAAGAGUGUAGGACUUUUUGGCACUUUUGCAGAAUCGAGGUGCACCUCCAGAGCCCUGAAAGCAUCUUUUAAAACAUACCCCCCCUCCUUUCCACUAACCUUUCUGUGCUUUUGUGUGCAGGCUUUGUACAAACUUUACAGUGCGGCUGCCACACACAGACAUUUGUAUCACCACGCUUUCCCCACGGCGCAGAAGGCUGAGCCCACCGAAGGCACGGAAAAGAAGACAAUGUAAACCCAGCUGUUUUCCACGGAGGUGCAUGAAAACACAUCGUUAAAACAUGUUAAUCAUUUUGCAUCCAUGUACGAGACUCUGCCACUCCUUGAAACGAAGACGGAGGAAAACAGAUAACCCAUUCACUUGUACCAAUGGCUUAAGUGUGGCUGCUUUAAUUUGGACAAUGCCCUGCUUGAAGGGGGACUGAGUCAGCAUGACUUUCGUUUUCUUAAAACUUAAUUUUGCUGCAGAAACAUUACUGGUUUGGUUCUCCAGAACACUUGGCCCUGGCCCAGGACUUUUCAAGACUGAGGUUUGGAGCCAGAGAAGGCAGUGGUUGCUACCUUCCUUUUGCAAUGGUGGCCUCCUGCCAUCCCCGGGUACGCAUUCAUAGCCUCCUCUGGAUCCAAGCUCCCAUGCCAUUAAUCCAACGGCCAGUAUUCUGAAAAGGAAUGUGGCUCUUAUUCAGGAGGCACCAUGUCACAUUCACAUAUUUAAAUUUGUACUCAAGAGGUUUUUAUUUAACACCAUUCCCUUCAUGCAGCUGUGAAUCAUAAUUUAUUCACUUUAAGACUGCCUUCUCAGAAGCUACAAAGAAUAUUUCUUUUGCUAUGGUAUGUUAAAAGAGAUGGGAAGUAUUUUUUUUUUGUACAUGUAUUUGAGAGUUUCACUGUAUAUAUUUUUGUUUAGUGCAUAAAGAGUGUAUCAAGUUUUUAUUAUUUAAUUGUCAAUUAAAAGUUUGGUUCCUAAGAC